AUGAAAGGACUUCUAGUCAAUGUCGUGUACAACGCCGCCUUGCGGCAGAGCAAGUCCAUCAACAACGAGCUCGCGAGCUUGCAGUCCAAAGGCGAAGCUUCCGCGGCCGACAUUGGCAACGUGUCCGUGACGCUGGCCACCUUUGCCAAGGCCAUCGACGAGUACAACAGCCUCGCGCGGCAGGAGAUUGUCCCCAAGAAGCAGGGGGAGGCGUUUGAGCGCGUCAAGCGGUUCCGCGACGACCUUGCGGGGUUCCGCGGGCAGGUGGACAACCUCAAGACGGCGCGCGAGGAGGCGCAGUACCAGCACAACCGCACCGAGCUGCUCGGGCGGCGCCCCUACCACGCCAACGCGACGCCCGAGAACCCCUACGCCCACGCGAGCACGACCAGCACGUCGUCGACGUUCCAGCCCCGACACGGUCAGCAGCUGACGACGGGCGCGCAGGACGAGACGCGCGAGGCGCACGCGUUUCGCGAGCAGCACUUUUUUCAAAACACCAACCAGGCCCUCGACGACUACAUUGCGCGCGGGCAGGCGGUCCUGGGCGACCUGGGCCAGCAGCGCGAGAUGCUCAAGAACACGCAGAAGCGGCUGUACAGCGUCGCCAACACGCUGGGCAUCAGCGGCGAUACGAUUCGCAUGGUGGAGCGCCGCGCGCGCGAGGACAAGUGGAUUUUUGCCGCGGGUGUCCUUGUCUUUUUUGCGUUUUGCUGGCUGGUGCUGCACUACCUGCGAUGA